AAAACCUAACUUAUUUCUAUGUCUUCCCUUUUCCUUCCCUCUUCUCUUGAAAUCUAAAAUCGUGGGUUAGGGUUUCUCUUUAUCCUCUAAAUCUAGGUUAGGAAAAGCUAAUUCUAUGGCAUCUUCCUCUAAUUCUCGAUCAUCAGGACUUGAAGCUUCUUUUGGGGUGAGAGAUUUUGGGUUGAUUGAGCACACAUACGAAGGGCAUCAGAUGUUCUGCGAGUGUGGAUUAAAGGCACCAAGGUGGACUUCAUGGAGACCAUGGAGCAUUGGUAGAUGCUUUUAUGGGUGCCCAAACUUCUUGAAUGCUGAUUUGAGGUGUGCAUACUUUGUUUGGCAUGACUUUGAACUAACAAUUGAGAGAGCUACUGAGUUUGUAAAAUUGUUGAUUAACGAGAAAAAGUGUAUGAGUAACGAAAUUGCAGCUUUGAAAAGUCAAGCCAUGCCACAUCAAGUGCUAACUUGCAAGAAUAUGGCCAAAGAAAUGGAGUUGAAUUGGAGGAAAUUAUACAAAAUUCUGUGUCAAGAGCUGUUGAUGAUGUGAAGAGAAAGAUGGAUACCUCAGUUUUAGCUUCUGUCCAUUCUGAAAUUAGGAAAUUAAUUUGUACUUUUGUACUGGCUUUGGGGGUUGGGUUUGUAUUGGUUAUGUUCAUUUGGUUCUUAUUUUGAGAUCCUUGCUGUAAGGUGUAUGGGGUGUCAUAUUUUGUUUGUUUGUUCGGGGCAUGGCAUAUUCUGCUUAGUUGUAAGAACAUUUUGGUCAUGUCUUUUAUGGCAGUAAUCAAAUGUAAUUGACUUU